GUUCACCAAUUGAAUCUUUUGGCGCUUCAAGCUAAGUACGCUUCUUACUCUCUCGCCUCGCGCUCUCACUCGUCGAUUCUUCCAUGGCGGAUCCCGCUUCUAGCAUUGACCAUCCGGAUUAUGCUGAGGUGGUUGUGAUACGCCAUGGUGAAACAGCAUGGAACUCUGAUGGAAGAAUGCAGGGUCAUCUGGAUAUUGAGCUAAACGAAGCCGGAAGAGCGCAAGCAGCUGCAGUGGCUGAAAGACUAUCUAGUGAACCAAAGUUCUCUGUCGUAUAUUCUUCUGACUUGCAAAGAGCCUAUGAAACUGCACAGAUAAUUGCAGCCAAAUGUGGAGGGCUAGAGGUUGUCGAGGACCCUGACCUGAGGGAAAGACACCUUGGGGUUCUUCAAGGUGUUUCCCGUCAUGAAGCGUUGAAGACUAAUCCCACAGCUUACACGGCUAAAGAUCUUGGUGAAGAAAUACCAGGCGGUGGAGAAAGUCUUGAUCAACUUUCCAAACGCUGCACAUCUGCAUUGCAGAGAAUAGCCAUGAAGCAUUUAGGGAAGCGGGUGGCAGUUGUUACUCAUGCAGGUGUAAUCAGAUCACUUUACAUGCGGGUCAACACAGAAGAGCCUUCAGGGAAAAUACUCAACUCAUCUGUCAAUGUGUUUCACUUGUAUGAAGACAAGUGGAUUAUAAAAACUUGGGGCGAUGUUAGCCAUCUGGACCGAACAGGAUCUGGGGAAUCUGGUUCUGGGGGUGACAGAACAUCUGGUUAGGCUGUGCAUCGAUCGACUUGUACAUCCACUGAACAUUAUUGAUACCAUGUUUUCAAACUGACACAGGUUAUGGGGAAGGAGAGGAAAAGGAUGUCAUUGUCUACUGGCUGAAUUUUUUUAAUUUUUUUCAUGUACAGCAUAUUGAGCUUCAAUGAUGCUAAAGAUAAUUUUGCAUCCUAUUAUGCACAAUGUUUGUGGGUACAAGUAUUUUCGUUUUGCUUCUUCUUAACUGUGUUGACGAACACCACUGGGGAAGACAUGAAGUGAUACUUGCUCAUAGGUUCUUACUGAAUGACUGAUGGUCGAACAUAUUACAUCCCCCCCUCCCCCAAGCCCACAACGUUAUAUAUCGUCAACGCACGCACGCACGCGCGCACGUGGUAGGGAAUGUCUGAUGAAUUGAUGAGUGAUGUCAUAUGAGCAAGAAGGGCCACCAAGUCCGUUUGUGUUGUUGAGGGCAUUAAAGUUUCUUUCAAAAGGGCUACUCUUAAGUUGAACCUACAACAAGCAUGCGUUGAUUUUAGUAUUGCUUGAGGGCUUAGAGUUCUACAUUUGACUCGUC